CCCUUCCCUAUCCCUAGCAUGUCCAACCUGCCGAGGGUCGUCCUGAAACCUCCCGAGGACGUUUCAGGCAGCGCCGCCCCGCCAUGUAUUGCAGGCUGCAUGUACCAAGUAGUUCAGACGACUGGCCUGGAUGGAAAAAAUCUUCUGAAAUUGCUUCCAAUUCCCAAUUCCCCUGGAAACCUCCUGCCACUAGUUCAGUCUUCAGUCACAUCUGAUACUUCAAAAGGGAAUAUAUCAAAUCCAGUUCAUGUUACUAUUCAGACUCAACUUGCUAGCACUCCUACAACUGCAUCCAUUCAGUUUCCUGUUUUUCAGGCAACCAAUUCUGGAAAUUAUUUCCUUUCAGCAACAGUUGAUAAAUCUGAAAAUGCUAGAGUAGCCUCGGUGGGGAAAGAAAGUUUGGCUUCAGCUUCAACAGCUCAGAGUAAUUCUAUGAAAGUUGAAAGACUGGCCUUGCAAAAAAUCGCCGUUUCUCCCUCAACUACUCAAGGUGACACAACAUACAUGUUAGUAAAUGCUAAGAACCUACCAGUGACUGUAAAGUCUCCUGUAUUACCAUAUGGACAUCAUUUACAAAUUCCUGCCAAUGCUGAAGUAAAAUCUCUACCAGCAUCAUCUUUGCCACCACCAAUUCAGCAGAAGAUACUUGCAGCUGCAGCUACAAACACUUCAGGAACAGCAGAAGCUUCAAAAAUACCAACUGUUAUUUAUGUGUCUCCAGUAAAUACAGUAAAAUCAGUAGUUCCUAAGACCUUUAAAAAUAUUUGUCCCAAACCUCCAAAUCCUACGGAAGCUGCAAAGCCCAUGAUUCUAAACACUUCACAAACACCUGUGAAAAAUCCUGCCGCAGAUGUAACUAAUAAUGAAGGCCAGCAAUCUCGAGAUACACCAAUGAAAUGGGUUGUAAAAGAAAAUCCACAAUGUUCCCCUUGUCUUGUUCCUGUCAAAUCUUCAAACAACAUGGCUUCAAAAAUCUUAAAAACAUUGAUGGAUAUGAAGAAUGUUGAAACUAGUUCUUUAAAUAUGCCUCCAUUAUGUUCAGGCACUUCGGGUGGAACUCAAGCAAAAAUCACACCCAUUAAAGAUAAUGCUUUGGUUAUGUUUAAUGGGAAAGUCUAUCUAUUGGCUAAGAAGGGGUCAGAAGUUCUGCCAUCUCAAACGGAUCAACAGAAUUCUGUUGCUUCUGAUGCAUCACCAAGAAAAGACAUGUCACAAACACCUAAUUCCAAUUCAGUCACAAAAAUCACUAAUGAGGUUGUAAAUAUUGUCUUGGCAAAAAAUAAGACUAUCCCCCAGAAGGAGACAAAGUUGAUUUCAGAUACACAGCUUGCUUCUGAGCCUGUUCCAAGUUUAGAGAAGAAUAAUAAAGUGGAGUGUACGUCUCUUUCUGCACAAAGUCCACAGCAUGUUACGCAACCCCUUUGUCUAGAGCAGUGUAAAACUGCGCCCAUAAAACUAAACUUACCAGAUGUGGUCAGUCCAGCGCAAAAUGCCAAAAAAGAAACAAGUGUCAGCCACACGAAAGAGAAAAGUUCUUCUGAUGAUACAACUACUACAUCUAAACAUUGUGUUUACACAGAUCAAGAACCAAAGAACCAGGGUGAGAUGGCGUUUGUAUUGGAGACAUAUACUCACAGCAGAAGUCAGAGGGAAUCAUGUCCGAAGGAGUAUGCUGAAUUAAGAAAGAAUUUUGGUAUCACAAAAGAUUUGAGAGUGCGCCUCACCCGAAUUCCUCUAUUUGACUCCACAAGUUUAUAUUCCCCUACCAGUUUGACAAACAAUAUUUCUUCCAAAGAGUCAAAGAUAAUUGUGGAUCUAACAUCUGAGAAAGAGGAAGAGAGCCAGGAGCUUACGGUGCAACAGGACUUGGAUAAGAAAAGAAAAGCAAAAACUGUUAUGAAAGUAGACAGUACCAAGAAGAAGAAAUCUGGGAAUGAUGUGAACUCAUCUAUGGACACAGGAACUGAUCACACCAUUCCUCAAGUUCUUAACAGUACAUUACCCAAUUCAGCUUUAUUACCACAGAGUAAUAAUCUCACUGGUUGCAUGAAGUCCCAUCAAGAGAAUUCUCCUGAACUAGAAUUACAUGCCCCAGGUGGCCUUGACAGAGGUACACGUAGUCCAGCCUCUGUUUCUUUUGAACAAGAUCCUCCAGAUAGUCAAGAUUGUUAUAUUGAUGAAAGUUUUCCUACGACAUUGCCAGAAUUGGAUGAAACUAUACGAGAUGAAAAAAUAAAAAGACUUAAGCAGCUAUUGAAAGAAAGAGAAGCAGCUCUUGAAGAAAUUCGUAAAAAGAUGCAACAAAGUUAAAAAUAUAGCUGUUGACUUGAAAAGAUCUUAAUGAAGUGUUUAUUUCCUCGCUUGUGGUUUUGUAUAAAUUAUUUAAAUGUACAGGUAAUCUGAAAGCUUUUUUGAAUCUAAAACAUUGUUUUUGUCACUGAAUUACUGAAUGUGUUUAAAGGGGUUUAAGAGACUGAAGUAGAACUGUUUGUUCUAGGUAGUUCUAACUUGGAAUAUCUGAAAUUUGUCUUAGAUGUGAUUUUUUUUUUUUUGUAAAGGAAAAUUUGAUACUUUUAUAUAAUUUUGAUUUGAACUUUCGAAUGCUAAGCUUGUACAGUUGUCAUGUGUCUUUUCCAACAGUUAAUUUUGAUAAGACUCCAGAAAUCCUUUAGGAAGAAAAUCUAACCUCUGUUUUUAGCUCUGCCACAGAAUUCUGUAGAUAACUUUGGGAAAGUUGCUUAAUGAUUUUAUGUGGUCUUCUUAUCUGUAAAAUGAAGAUAAUGAUAUUUGUUCUCCUACCUCAUUCAUAUAUUGAGGAUUGGGUGAUACAUACACACAUAUAUUUUUUUACUCCAUGGAAGAAAGGUAGUAAUAACCACAAUGUUUAAAUGUUACAGAUUUUUUUUUUUUAAGAUGAGGACCUUAUAUUUUGUAGUUUUUACCAGAUUGUUUCUUGUGAUCUGAAACAUUUUUGAACCACGAAUUAGAAUGUAUUGUAUCUUUGAAGUGAGAAUUUCCAUUAGGAUUUAACUACAAUAUUAUAUUUUUAUUUUUUUCUCCUAAAUACGCCUUUUACCUGGAGUGAAAUAUGAAACAUAGUUUGGUUAGUAACCAUUCUUAAGUGCAUAGUCAUUGCUUUGGAUUGUAAUAAAGUAACUAUGUAGUGCAUUUUUUAAAUUACAAGAAAACUAUUUUAUAGCUGCUGCUGAAGUGUAGUCAUUGAUUUUAGAGGAAUUUCAAGCAUUGGGGGUGGGAAACACUGGAAGGUAUCAUUUUUUUUUUUUACUUGAUCAUCAACAGAUCCCUAGGAGGAAGAAUUGAUUUUGGAGCAAAAAAUAAUCAUUUAAAAAAAAAAAAAAAAAAAGGUGAAAUUAGUGCCUCCCAUCAGUCACAGAAAAAAAAAAAAGAUUUCAGUGAUGGUCUUAAAUUUGACAUUGGAACAGCAUCUUCUAGAAACAUUCUUUUGCAGUUGGAUGAUGUGUCUCAAAUUGACCAAGAACAAUAAUAUUGUUAAGGGUAUAAUCUGUCUUUCUAUAUUAUUUCUCCUUUCUGUAUAAAUGAAAUGCAAGAAGGAUAAUUGAUACCCUUACUGAAAAAACUCCAGCAACUAAUAAGGACUUAGGAAGUUAUCAUGGGGGAUAUGGCGAGGGAGAGAACCCAGUAAAAGAAAUGGUAAGUGUAGUAGAAUGAAUAAUGAAUUUUGUGAGGAGAUCUGGGUUUAAAUAAAUACUUAUUAUAAGUCUGUAACCAUGAAUAAGUCAUUAAGCUUCUGAGGCCUGUUUCUCCAUCUUUAAAAGUAGAAUUGCCUGCCAUAAGGUUAAAAGGAAAUUGCUGUGUAAAGUUUAAAUACUAUAUAAAUGUAAAUUUAAUACUACCAUCUUAUAAUUAGUUUUGGUAGAAGAAAAUAGGAGGAGUUGGACAUUUUAAUACCCAACGAAUCCAGGUCUUUAAUUUAUGUUCUAUAAGAGACCACAAAUACCUAUUCUACUCCCUCUGUGUUGUCCUAUUUAUAUAAUCCUAUACUUCUUAUGCAAUUUUGAUUAAACUUUCCAAAACUUUGCAGAGAGGGGUCUCAGUCUGAAGGAUAAUAAUUCUCUCUUUAAGCUCAGUGUCAGUUUGGCUCUGGGAUAGGAUAUAUCAAGAGAACAAAGACAUGACUCCUUUAAAUUCAGUGAAUGUGCUUUUCCCCUGAAUUAGGGGGAAGAGAAAUCAAAGCAAAAUUGGAUUAGGUAUAGUUCUGGUAUGAUAACAACUAGAUUUCUGGCAUUGAUCUAUCUGCUAUAGCAACAAAGAGUAAGGCCCACUAGUGUCCAUCAGUAAUGAGCAGAUCAGUGAAUUGUACUUGUGUUUUCAUUUCAGCCAAGGGUUCUUAAUCUGAGUAUUUAAGAUUUCAGGAGCCCCAUGAACUUGCUUAGCAAAACAAACCAAAAAAACUCAUCUUCAGUAUAAUUUCCAUUGUAGUUCUUUGUAUUUUGAAGCAUUUAAAAAUUUUAUUCUGAGGAUCAAACUGAGAAUUUAUUCUGAGAAUCAAACCAAAAAAGGAUCAAGAAUCCCUGCUUUAGAAGCAUUUGGAACAUGGAAGUGGUAUUUAAAAAAAAAAAAAAAACACCCAGAUGGUUCUGUGAUCUUUUAUAUAAAAAAAUUCCUUUCAGUAGUAUAGAUUACCACUCAUGAAUAUCUGCUCAUCCUGUUCAGCUCUUGUGUUUGCCACAGGUGGUUCAUCCAGUGUUCUGAAAUUCUUUGAAUACUACUGACAUUUAGAGAGUAUCAGUAGAGCAUGCUGGUGGUCUGCCUAUAAUCCUUCACUCUCAACAUGUGACCAGUCCAUUUUCUCCUAGUAGCUUACAGUUCCUUUCUUCUCUCUUAAAGGAGUUUUUCCACCUAGUGAUAAGUGGUUUUUGCCGUGGUAACCUAUGAAACAAACUUAAAAUAACUGAUAAAUUGUGCUUAGCAUCCUUUUGUUUUUCACCUUGCCAGCCUUUUUGAACACCAUUUUAUAUUUUGAGACUAUAAUGAACAGAACAGAAUAAUGAACAGAAAUUACAACACAAGCACAUCCACUAAUUUGCUGAUUAUUGGCAUAAUUUAUGUAAUUCAUAGAUUUAGUCUAAUCAGCAUAUUUGUCAGGGUUCUCAGACUCAAAUUUUAUGUUUGUCUACUACUAUUUAAAUAUUUGUUUCUCUUCAUAUACUUAAUAAUUCAAUUGCUGUUAAACAAAUAUGUAAAGGGUAGGACUGGAUAAUAUGAUUUGAGGAAGCUACAAGCAUCCAUUAAGUAUGGCAGAUUUAAGAUUCCUGCUUUAAAUCAUGUUGGGAAGAAUAUGUUUAUGUAUUAAUAA